GUCAUCCACAACCAGUCCCCUCUUGUUAGGGCCUUUUCGUCCUCUAACCUCAGGGGCUUCUCCUCUCUCUCUCUCUCUCUCUCUCUCUCCCUCUCUGGAAUCUCAUUAGAAUUAUACUUCAGCAUCUCUAUCUCUAUCUCUAUCUUUGCAUUUCUUUCUCUUCUUUUCCCCUUUAGAUUUGUACAAAUUUCAGAUUGUUUUUCAUUAGAUUAGAUUAGCAGAAACAGUUAGAUCACCAUGACUUCACUCAUUAACAUUGACGCUUCCCAGCUACCCACCGCUCUUUCCCAUUUAGCCAUUCAAGAUCAGGGGGAAGUAGAAACUAAGAUGGAGAUUCAUGAAAAACCUUGUGGGAAUCAUGGUGGAGUUUGUGCGAUAUGCUUGGAUAAGAUUGUGCUUCAGGAAACUGCUCUUAUAAAAGGUUGUGAGCACGCCUACUGUGUGAUGUGUAUCCUUCGAUGGGCCACGUACAGUGAGAAGCCAACUUGUCCUCAGUGCAAAUGUCCAUUUGAGUUUCUUAACGUUCAUCGUUCUCUUGAUGGCAGCAUCCUGGAUUAUAUGUUUGAAGAAAGUGUGUGCCUCCUGCUUAGAGCUGCAUGGUUUAAACCUCUGAUUGUAGAGGAUUAUCGUGAAGAUGUUUAUGAUGAUUUGGAGGAUUAUUAUCCAUAUGGAUAUGAGGAUGAUGAGGAUGAUUUAGAUGAAGUUUACUUAAGCCGUUCAUCAAACCUUCGUAUUGGUAAUCGGAGGUGGGGAGACAAUGGGUAUGUUAGGGCGGGGCGUCAAGAAGCCAGGCCAGUUUAUCGACCGAACAGCCAGGACUCAGGUGCUGGUUCAUCACGCGAACCAACUAAGAAAGAGGCUACAAAGGAUAGAACUGGCCGACGUGCAAAGAGGACUCUCAAGCGCGAAGCUGCUGACAAGGCGGCUGCAGCCAAACAUCAGCAGCAUUUGGCAAGGUUGGGCCGGAUGUGAUUCUGUGUCUGUAUAUCUCCCCUGGAUGUAUUUAGUUCAUAAUCCAGAAACUAUGCAUCUGGUCUUUGUACAGUGUUUCCUUUCCUCUUUAACUUUGUGAAAUAAUGAUAUGACAUGGUAGUAGAUAAGGCAUCAUGGGGUAAACUGGGUGGUUUAUCAUUCAAAAUUUAGACCUUCAAAGAUUCAAA